GCGUUAAGUGUCAUAUGGAAUUAUAAAAUUUCUUAAUAUAUUUAAACAAACCACAAGCCGAACCAAAAACAAAGAAUGGAUGUAAGGAUUGUUGAAGACGGUUUGCCACAGUCAAUAAAAAUGGUUAAGCCAGAUAAUAAGGACAAGCCUUUCAGAGCUGUUACAGCCAUAAUAAUGGUGAUACUAUUAAAUGCUUGCUUCAUUGCGGGGAUUAUACUCUUAUACCUUUACCUGAACACUGUCAACCAAGUAACCAAACAACGGAUUUUGGACUUUAUUAUUGUUGGCGGAGCCCUUGUUUCAUUUCCAAUCUUGUAUAGAAUGGGAGAUCUGUCCAAGAACAGACCUAAUUUCUACUACAUUUAAUUAGGUAUAAUUUAUGUGUAACACAACGAUUCGGCUUCAAAUUCUAAGUUUCGAUCGCUUGAAGUAUAAACUUCUAUA